UGCGCGCUCAGUCUCCGGUGCGAUGAUCCCCGUCCCGGUGGCGGCGCGUCCUCUGGUCUCGCCGGGUCCCACCACGUCCUGGGUGUGAGCGGGUGCAACCGGGUGCUGCUGUGCUGAGCGCCGUGCUUGAGCACCGCGCCGCGACCCGACCGCCCCCUCACCAUGAGUACCAUGAGGAGGCAGAAGAGAGUCGGAUUCCUUCAAAGAUCGGCAAAUGUGGGCUCUAUGAGAAGACCAAGCACAAUGGGGGAUAUGAGCUCAGCCAGUUUCCUCCACAUGGGGGACAUUGUGUCCCUCUAUGCGGAGGGAAGUGUUUGUGGUUUCCUUAGUACCCUAGGUUUGGUUGAUGAUCGGAGUGUGGUUUGCCCAGAAGCAGGAGAUCUAUCCAACCCACCUAAAAAGUUUAGAGAUUGCUUGUUCAAAAUAUGUCCCAUGAAUCGUUACUCUGCUCAGAAACAAUUUUGGAAAGCUGCAAAACAAAGUGGAAGCUCCUCAACGGACGCUGUGCUGCUGAAGAGAUUGCAUCAUGCUGCUGAAAUUGAAAAGAAACAGAAUGAGUCUGAAAAUAAAAAAUUGCUUGGAAAUGUUGUGCAGUAUGGAAGCGUUGUUCAGAUAUUACAUUUGAAAUCCAAUAAAUUUCUUACGGUGAAUAAGCGUCUCCCUGCACUGCUUGAGAAAAAUGCCAUGCGCGUCUACUUAGAUGCAAAUGGUAAUGAAGGAUCAUGGUUUUACAUUCUUCCAUGCUACAAAUUACGCUCAACUGGUGACAAUGUUGUUGUAGGAGACAAGGUAAUAUUAACACCAGUUAAUGCUGGGCAGCAAGUACUACAUGUUGCUGCAAACUUUGAACUUCCUGAUAAUCCUGGGUGUAAAGAGGUUAAUGUUGUGAACUCAAGUACUUCUUGGAAGGUAAAUCUGUUCAUGGAAAAUAGAGAAAAUCAAGAGGAAAUUUUGAAAGGAGGAGAUGUUGUGCGACUUUUCCACGCUGAACAGGAAAAAUUUUUAACCAUGGAUGAGUACAAAAAAGUUCAGCAUGUUUUCUUGAGAACAACCUCUAGAUCCUCUGCAACGGCAGCUACCAGCAGUAAAGCUCUCUGGGAAGUUGAGGUUGUGCAACAUGAUCCAUGCCGUGGUGGUGCUGGACAUUGGAAUUGCUUGUUUCGAUUUAAGCAUCUUGCUACAGGCCAGUACUUAGCUGCUGAAAUUGAUGAUGAUGAUGCAACUGAUCAAAUGAGAUCCAAGCUGAGAGGAAAUGGACAGGUGUUCCAUUUGGUAUCGGUUCCACAUUCUGUAGAAAUAGCAUCAUUGUUUGAACUAGAUCCAACCACCCUCACUAGAGGUGAUUCUUUGGUGCCACAAUCCUCCUAUGUUCGUCUUCAUCACCUUUGUACCAACACGUGGGUUCACAGUACAUCAAUCCCUAUAGACAAGGAUGAGGAAAAACCUGUCAUGUCUAAAGUUGGAUGUGCCCAUGCUAAAGAAGACAAAGAGGCCUUUGCCUUAAUUUCAGUCUCUCCUACAGAGGUAAGAGAUUUGGACUUUGCCAAUGAUGCUUGUAAGGUUCUUGCAUCUAUUUCAACAAAGCUUGAAUCGGGAACCAUCACUGCUAAUGAAAGGAGGGCCGCAACAUGUCUUCUUCAGGACAUAGUUUAUUUUCUUGCUGGCUUAGAAAAUGACCAAAACAAAUCUGAAGCUUUGGAUCUCACUGUGUCAAACUUAAGCAGAGAUCGACAAAAGCUGUUAAGAGAACAAUAUAUUUUAAAGCAGUUAUUUAAAAUUUUGCAAGCUCCAUUUUUAGAAUUUCAGGGAAAGGGACCUUUUCUCAAAAUAGAAGAUUUGAAUGAUGCUCGCCAUGCCUCAUACAAAUACAUGUUUCGUCUGUGCUAUCGCAUUCUCCGACUGAGUCAGCAGGCCUAUAGAAAAAACCAGGAAUACAUUGCAAAGCACUUUGCCUUCAUGCAAAAGCAAAUUGGCUAUGAUAUUCUUGCUGAAGACACCAUUACUGCCCUUUUGCACAACAAUAGAAAACUUCUAGAAAAACAUAUUACCGCUGCUGAAAUUGAGACAUUUGUUAAUCUUGUACGAAAGAAUAUGCAUUCUUGGCAGUCAAGGUUUCUAGAUUACUUAUCAGAUUUGUGCAUCUCAAAUAAAAAAGCCAUUGCUGUUACUCAAGAGCUAAUUUGCAAGAGUGUGUUCAGUGAAAAAAAUGAAGAUAUCCUCAUUGAAACAAGAAUGAUGAAAACCCUUGAAGUUGAAGAGAGAGAUGAUGAAAGUAAUGAUUAUGCUCCACUCUUAGAGCAUGAAGAUGUUGUUCUGUUUUGGAACAAUCGACAGAACUCACUGUCCCUUGUUGAUCUGUCUCACAAGGCAAAAGAUGGUAAUGCCCAAGAACAAGCCUUGUUGGAAUAUUAUCGACAUCAGCUAAAUCUGUUUUCAAACAUGUGUCUGAAUCGGCAGUAUCUUGCCCUAAACAAUUUAUCACAGAAUCUUGAUAUUGACCUUAUUCUAAAAUGUAUGGCUGAUGAUGAUAACGUUCCAUUUGAACUAAGGGCAUCUUUUUGUCGCUUAAUGCUACAUCUUCAUGUUGAUCGUGAUCCGCAAGAACCAGUGACACCUGUAAAAUAUGCUAGACUUUGGCCAGAAAUAUCAUCCAAAAUGACCAUCAAUGAUUAUGACUGUAAUAAGUCAAGAGAUCCUAAUAAGGAGGCUGUACGUCAGCGAUUUGCAUCCACCAUGAAGUUUGUAGAAAACUAUCUUACGAAUAUUGUUGGCAAAGUUGGAAGCUUUUCAGACAACUCACAAAAUAAGUUAACAUAUGAGGUUGUUAAAUUGGCAAGGGAGCUUAUAUAUUUCGGUUUUUAUAGCUUCAGUGACUUAUUGAGCUUAACAAAAAUGCUCCUGAAUAUUCUUGACUGCGUAUCUGAAACAGACUUUUUAGCGGGCAAAUUACCUACUGAAGAAAUAAGCUCUGAUGAUCAGAAUGGAACUGAAGAAGAUAUAAAUGAGAGGAUCAUCGAUCAAACUAAGUCACUUAAAGAUCGAAAGCCUUCUGAAGGAGGAGUUUUACGUUCAAUUGGUGAUAUGGGUGCUGUGAUGACCAGUUUAACAUUGGGAACAGCAGGACUAGAAAGGAGUGGAAGUGUACAGAGUAAAACAAGUCAAAUGAAGAAAGAGUAUCCAUUAGUCAUGGAUACUAAACUAAAAAUUAUUGAGAUACUUCAGUUUAUUUUGGAUGUAAGGCUUGACUAUAAAAUAAGCUGUCUCCUUUCAAUCUUCAAACAUGAAAAUGAAAAGGAGAAAAAUUCGGGUGAUGCAUUGGACUUGGAGUUAAUAGGAACUCAGGCAGAGAGUAUCUUCGGUAGCAGUGCUGAUUGUGCAGAAUUGGAUUUGGAUGGACAAGGUGGCAGAACAUUUUUAAGAGUGCUCUUGCAUCUAUCAAUGCAUGAUUACCCACCUUUAGUGUCUGGAGCUUUACAUUUGUUGUUCAGACACUUCAGCCAGCGACAGGAAGUGUUGCAGGCAUUUAAGCAGGUCCAACUGCUUGUGUCAGACAGUGAUGUAGAAUCAUACAAACAGAUUAAAGCUGACUUAGACACUUUACGACAAUCUGUUGAGAAAUCUGAGUUGUGGGUGUAUAAAUCAAAGAGUGUAGAUGAACUAGGCAAUAAAAAAGUGGCUGAAGAUGAGGAAGAUCAAGACAGACAAGAACGAAAAACUCCAGCCCCUCAACUAGGAAGUGAGAGCAAGCAGGGUUCAUCAUUAGAACUUGAUGUUGGCCCUCCACUCCAUGAAGAACAGGCUCAAGAGUAUAAGAAGAUUAGAGAUAUUUUGAUCAGAAUGAACAAGCUCUGUGUUGCAACUGACAAACCACGAAAGCACGAACAGCGUCUGUUGCGCAAUGUUCAUGUUCAUACGGUUGUGUUAGAUUUGCUUCAAAUUCCAUAUGAUCAGAAGGAGGACACUCGCAUGAAUCAGCUAAUGGGUCUUGCCCAUGAGUUUCUUCAAAACUUUUGCUUGGGUAACCAUCAAAACCAAGUACUUUUGCACAAACAACUGGAUCUUUUUCUCAACCCAGGGAUUCAGGAUGCUCAAACUGUGUGCAGCAUAUUCCAAGACAAUCCAACCCUUUGUAGUGAAGUUAGUGAAAAGGUCAUUCAACACUUCGUGCACUGCAUUGAAACUCAUGGCCGACACGUUCAAUAUCUCAAGUUCCUGCAAACAAUAGUGAAAGCUGAAAACCAGUUUAUUCGUCGCUGUCAGGAGAUGGUCAUGCAGGAACUCAUUAAUGCUGGAGAAGAUGUUCUUGUAUUUUAUAAUGACAAAGCUUCUUUCAAUUCUUUCGUUGAGAUGAUGCGUUCGGGAAGACAUCGCAUGGAUGAGAGUAGCCCUCUUAGGUAUCAUGUGGAAUUAGUAAAGUUAUUAGCAUGCUGCACCAUGGGGAAGAAUGUCAACACAGAAAUCAAGUGUCACAGUAUGUUACCAUUGGAUGGUAUUGUUGAUAUGGUUUCUCACGACGACUGCAUUCCAGAAGUAAAAGAGGCCUACAUCAAUUUCCUGAAUCAUUGUUAUAUUGACACUGAAGUUGAAAUGAAAGAAAUAUACACCUCCCACCACAUGUGGAGUUUGUUUGAAAAGAGUUUCCCUAUUGAUUUGGCGACAGUCGCCAAUCAUACAGCAGACAGAAAACACGCCGAUCGAGCUCUCGAGAGCUAUGUUUGUAAUAGUGUGAUGAACGUUAUUACUACAUUUUUCAAUAGUCCUUUCUCAGAUCAAUGCACCACUGUUCAGGCUCGACAACCUAUUUUUGUAAAACUCCUCCAGUCAGCAUAUAGAGUUUCCCAGUGCUCAUGGCUUGAUCCUGCUCAACGUGUACAAGUUGAAAACUGUAUUCGUACUCUGUCUGAUGUUGCCAAGAAUCGCACCAUUGCCAUACCAUCUGACUUGGAGAGUCAAGUUCUGGCAAUGUUUAGUAAACCGGCUCAACUUAUACGUCAAAACACAAAGAGGAUGCAGCCACUUAAGUUGAUUUCAAAAUUAGAAAGAUCUCAGUCCCAGCUCAUCAAACUGGAUAGAAAUAUCAUAGAAGGCCUUCAAGACAUAGUUUCCCUCCUAGAAGACCAGCUCAAGCCCCUUGUUCAAUCAGAGCUAUCCCUUCUUGUUGACAUCUUGUACAGGCCAGAACUACUUUUCCCUCAAGGUUCUGAAGCUCGCAAGGGCUGUGAGAGUGGGGGAUUCAUUCGAAAACUUAUUAAACACACUGAAGAGUUACUUGAGGAAAAAGAAGAAAAAUUGUGUGUCAAAGUUCUUCGCACUCUGCGAGAGAUGAUGUCGAUUGAUCCUGACUAUGGUGAAAAGGAAGAACCUCAGGUUCUUGGAAUUGAACAGUCUCGGGGAGAUCAGCUCAGACAGCUGCUGUUGACAAGGUAUUUUGACAGUACUCUGACUCAGCGACAGGAAAAUGUGGAUCCAGCCUUGUCAAGACAUUUACCACAAGUCAUGCAUGGCCCUGGAGCUAAGAUGCUAAGCAGAGCUGGUUGCACUUUGCAUGAAGUACAGUGUCAUCUCGAUCGUGAAGGUGCCUCAGAUCUUGUAGUGGAGUUGGUAAUAAAAUCUGUUCAUUCCCCUUCAAUAUUUGGUGAAGCAGUAGAGUUGGGUAUUGCCCUUUUAGAAGGUGGAAACCCUGUAAUCCAGAAGAGCAUGUAUAGUAAACUUUUAGGAGGUGAUCUAAGUCAAGCCUUCUUUAAGGUGUUUUAUGAUAAGAUGCGUGAUGCCCAACAAGAGAUUAAAUCCACUGUGACAGUGAAUACAUCAGACAUUGCAGCCAAAGCACAUGAAGACAAAGAUCAAGGGAAAGAGCAAGAAAAGAUGUCAAAAAAACGAGGGGCUAAAACAAAUGGUAUGGUGAUAUCCGAGGAAUUAAAUGAAGAACUUAACCAUGCUGCACUUGCAACCAGCCAAGCAUAUGUCAAUGCCCGAAAUGUAUCUUCCGGAGAUGAUCCAAGUUCGGUGACUGCUGGUGCCCACAGCUCUGCCUUAGAGGAUAUGAUUGCAGAGAAAGAACGUUACAGAGAUCAAGAAGAUCCAAAUCGACUUUCUAGCAAAGUUCUAGUUAUGCAACCUAUUCUUCGCUUUUUGCAGUUGCUAUGUGAAAACCACAAUCGUGAUCUUCAGAAUUUGUUGAGGAAUCAAAACAACAAAACCAACUAUAAUUUGGUUUCCGAAACGCUCAUGUUCCUGGAUUGUAUUUGCGGAUCAACAACAGGUGGCCUUGGGCUUCUUGGGUUGUACAUUAAUGAAAAUAAUGUGGCCCUUAUAAACCAAACUCUUGAAACUUUAACAGAAUAUUGUCAGGGUCCUUGCCAUGAUAACCAAAACUGCAUCGCAACUCAUGAAUCUAAUGGCUUGGAUAUUAUAACAGCCUUAAUUUUAAAUGACAUAAAUCCAUUAGGGAAGACUCGUAUGGAUCUUGUCCUUGAAUUAAAAAAUAAUGCAUCCAAACUGUUACUAGCAAUUAUGGAAAGUCGUGGAGACUCUGAAAAUGCCGAGCGUAUAUUGUAUAACAUGAAUCCUAAGCAGCUUGUUGAUGUUGCUUGCCGAGCUUUUCAUCAGGAGGCUCUAGAUGAUGAUGAUGAUGACAAUGAUGAUUCAUCAACAGAGGAUGACCAAGGUGUCUCACCAAAAGAGGUUGGGCAUAAUAUUUACAUUCUUUGUCAUCAACUGGCGCAGCAUAACAAAGAAUUGGCGGCAAUGUUGAAACCAUCUGUAACUAACACAGAUGCUAAAGUUAAUCAAGCUUUAGAAUAUUAUGCAUCACAUACUGCUCAAAUUGAGAUUGUUCGUCAUGACAGAACUCUUGAGCAAAUAGUUUUUCCUAUACCUGAAAUGUGUGAGUAUUUGACUGAAGAAACUAAGUUGAAGGUGUUGCAUACAGCAGAAAGAGAUGAUCAGGGAUCCAAAGUUUCGGACUUUUUUGAACGUACUGAGGAUAUGCUCCAUGAAAUGCAAUGGCAGAAAAAACUACGCGGUCAACAGGCAUUGUUCUGGGUUGGAAGUUUCAUGUCCAUGUGGAGUAACAUUGUUUUCUACUGCACUGUUGUGAUAAACUUCAUCAUAGCUGCCUAUCAUCCAUUUCAAAACGAUGUUGAUGGACUUGGUUCAAGCUUAUCUGGGGUUGUUUGGGCGCUAAUCAUGGCAUCUGGGGCAUUAGUCAUGUGGGUACCAAGAAAAUCAGGCAUGAUAACAUUGGUCGGCUCUGUCACAUUUAAAUUGAUUUAUUUCAUGGGACCUGAAAGCACAUUGACAAUGUUAGGUAUGAUUACGGUUGGUUUAAAAACUGUUCAUCUAGUGAGCAUCAUGUUUAACCAAGGCACAUUGACCAAAAAUUACGAGCAAAUAAUUACAGACACACAACUCCUAUAUCAUGUUGCUUACCUCCUUUUGUGUGGCUUAGGUCUGGUUAUGCACCCAUUCUUCUUCUCUGUUCUGCUACUGGAUGUAGUUUAUCGAGAAGACACCCUUAUAAAUGUCAUACGCUCAGUGACUCGUAAUGGUCGAUCAAUCGUAUUAACUGCAGUGUUAGCUUUGAUUCUUGUCUACAUGUUUUCAAUUAUUGGCUACAUGUUCUUCAGAGAUGAUUUCCUUGUUUCUGUGGACUCUGACCUUGGAGGAGAACUUGAUAAUAAUGGCACUGCUGAGGAAGAGGUGAAAGAGAGGGCUUGCGACUCUAUGGCAAUGUGUAUUAUAACUACACUUAAUCAAGGCCUCCGUAAUGGAGGUGGCAUUGGUGACAUAUUACGUGCACCCAGUAACAAGGAGCCUUUAUUUUUUGCCCGGGUAGUAUACGAUCUUCUGUUCUUCUUUAUUGUCAUCAUUAUUGUGUUAAACCUCAUUUUUGGUGUCAUCAUUGACACAUUUGCUGACCUCAGGAGUGAGAAACAACAAAAAGAACUUAUAUUAAAGAAUACAUGUUUUGUUUGUGGUUUGAAUCGAUCUGCUUUUGACAAUAAAACUGUUAGUUUUGAGGAACACAUGCACUGUGAGCAUAACAUGUGGCACUAUCUCUAUUUUAUUGUACUUGUAAAAGUUAAGGACCCUACAGAGUUUACUGGUCCUGAGAGCUAUGUGUAUGCCAUGGUCAAGGAUCGGAACUUGGAGUGGUUCCCUAGAUUAAGAGCAAUGUCUUUGGCAGCUGAUGAGAGUGAGGGAGAGCAGAUGGAAUUACGUAGCUUGCAGGCACAGUUGGAAGUCACCCAGAGUCUCGUUCAACACUUGUCUCACCAAUUAACAGAAUUAAGGGAUCAAAUGACUGAACAACGCAAACAGAAGCAACGAAUUGGUCUCCUUAAUUCUACCACAGCUUACCUUCACCAGCUGUAGGGAUUAAAGGAUUUUUUUUAGUCUUAUCAAAGUUAGUCUCUAGUGUUGUUUUAAAUAAUUUAAUUUGUAUUCCAAGUCCGGGAAUAAUAAUAACAACUUGGAAGUUAAAGAAAAUAGAGACAGUUAUUCUAGUGCUUUGUUGUAUUGCUGGUAUAGGUAUUUCUAAAGUUAAUUUGAAGUCUAAAUUGUAGAUUAUUUUCCUUAUCCAUUGUUGAAGUUUGAAGUUGUCAUUUUUUAAAAAUAAUUUGUACAUUGCUGUGUAUCAAUCAUUAGGUAUCCACAAGGCAAAAAUUCCAUUUAGUAUAUUAGUUCUUAUAUUUUUGAUCUAAAAUGUUCUGUACGCUAGUCACAGAGAUUUCUUUCUUAAAGUGAGUGGUGCCAAAAAUGUCUUGACUUGUGAAACCUGAUCAGUAGUUUUAACAGAGUCCGUUUAUUCCUGCAAAUUGUUAAUAGAAGUCACAGUUAUUUGGGUACUGGUGACUGUUUGCAAUUUAUUCUAGGUCAAAAGAAUUAUCUCUUUUGAUUGCCAAAUAGAUAAUUUCUUGAAAUGUCAACAUAUAAGUUACAGCUAUAAGCAUUCUUGUCUUUUUGUUGCUUCCCUUGCCCUUUGCGUUUUCAUUACACAACGAUUUGUGGUAAAAGUACCUAGUUAAGAUUACAUUAGAUUUGAUUAUAUAUGUAUAGUUUUCCCUUUAAUAUUUUGUGCCUUUUUCUUGUCGCACUUUGAUCUUUUUUUCUUUGCAAAAAUUGAUGACUCUCUAUUCUGUACUAUCAGUGCCUCAUAUGAUUAUGAUUGGUACAUAUCGUUAUGUGAUAAUUCUUGUCUUUCUCGUACCUUCACUUAGUGUUUCCUCUUUUCAUAAUUUAUAUUUUUUGUCAGCACAAAACUUUUUUAGAUAUUUUAUUUGAGCGUUAGGUAAUCACAAUCAUUUGUUUGGGCGUUGCCCAUAUGCAUUGUGUUUGGUGUGGUCUUCCCAUUUCAUUUUAUAAAUGUUACAACCUGAUGUAUAUUCUAUUGCAUGAGUUUGUAUAUUGUUAUCAACUGUUGUCUAAAUUCAAGAGAUUUAUAGAUUUUAAUUAUUUAUGGGCAAUUCUGUUCCAUAAGGGGACUGUACACUUUAUCAUGUCUUUUUGCCACUAAUUUCCCCCCUUCUUGUUUUCUCCAAAAUACUGGAGAAGGGACUCCUACUGUUAAAGGACUGUAUCCAAGUGUCACUUUGUACAUUCAUUAAGUGAUAUCGAAUGUAUAAGCAAGUUUUGCAAACUGCCUAGCAGUAAUAUGGAUCUGAUGAUAAAGAUAGUCAAAAAUGAACUUGAAAUGAACCGAUUAAUUCGUUAUGGGUUACAGACAUGUUAAUCUGUAUUUUGUGCCAUCUUCCACAUGACUUGUAGAGACCUGCAGUCCAGUCUUUCAUCAAAACAUUCAUUUCCUGACGUUUUCGGUCUCCAGUGUUUCAAAUUUUUUAUGUUUUGAUAGUUUAAGAAAAACAAAAAUUUCUUGGUUGUGUUACAUUUGUGGGAAGGUAUCACAAGAAAAGCCACCUUCACUUGUUAACUUUAAGAUUUAUUUUUAUUGUUUACUUUGAGUUCUGUAACAUUUUUGUUAUAGUUAAAGUGAAUAAAUCAUAUAACUUGUUUA